CACCCUGCAACAUGUGUUCGCCUGCUGGGUUACCGCACAAGAAUACGUCAAAAAGGCGGUCCUUUGUGCAUACCGGAGCAGAGGGUUCAUAUCCUGCUUCAUUGUCGUGACAAACUCCUAACUGCAUCUCAUUGCCGCCUUGAAAACUGUCAGGACGUUAGUGCAUUCAGCGGCAUGGAGGGGACCAAAGGAGAGGAGCGGCAACCGGAGCAGGCAGCGUCUUUAUUCGGGACGUCCGAGCUGGAGAGCCAGAGGAUCAGCGCAGAGCGGAGGAAGAAGCGGAAUCACUGCUGUAAAAUCAUUAUUGGGGUUGCACUGCUGUGCUUACUGAUUGUCAUUGUGACUGUGGCGAUUUCACUGAAAAAUGGCUCUAAGAGCAUGGCACACUUUACAACAAGUGAAUAUGAGUCACCAGCUGCUCUACCUCCCCAUACCAGCGUAACUUCUCCUCCUCGCUAUCACAGUGCAGAAGGAGGAAGUCUCUGGAAAAAAUUCUCACAGGAGAUCGGAGAGGCUAAGUGUCCACCUGGUUUUUCCAAGUCUCCUCUUCUCCUCGUGUCCUUGGACGGUUUCCGAGCAGAGUACCUGAAAGAUCACAAGAGUCGGCUGCCCAUCAUCAACAAGCUCCGAAAGGAUGGAGCAACAACAUCUUACAUGAGGCCUGUUUAUCCCACAAAGACUUUCCCCAACCACUACUCCAUCGUUACUGGUCUUUAUCCCGAGAAUCAUGGGAUCGUAGACAACAAGAUGUAUGAUGUGACCCGAAACACCUUUUUCAGCUUAAAAACAGAGGAGAAAUUCAACUCAUAUUGGUACCAGGGAGAACCGGUGUGGCUCACCGCAAUGCAUCAGAAACUAAAAGCAGCCACCUUUUUCUGGCCAGGUUCUGAUGUCGCUAUUAAUGGAUCAUACCCAAAUUUCUACAAGAUGUAUGAUAAGAACAUUAAGUUUGAGAACAGAUUGGAAACUGUGUUCGAGUGGCUGAGUUUACCUGAGCAAGAAAGACCUGACUUUUACACCUUGUACCUGGACGAACCGGACAGCACAGGACAUGCUUAUGGCCCAAAAAGUUCACAGGUGAUUGCUGCUUUGGAGAAGGUUGACACAAUUCUGGGCGAUCUCAUGGAUGGACUUUUUACAAGAGAUCUUCACCAGUGUGUCAACUUAAUGCUUGUAUCUGAUCAUGGAAUGGAGGAGGCUUCCUGUCAAAGGGCAUCCUAUGUGUCGACAUACCAGCAUGACACAUCUAACUUCACGGUCAUCCAAGGCCCAGCAGCUCGCAUCCGACCAAAGCGCCUCCCACAGGACUACUUCUCCUUCGACUAUGAGGGCCUGAUAAAGAACCUGUCGUGCAGGGUUCCUGACCAGCCAAUGAGGCCGUACCUCAAAGAAAACCUCCCCAAAAGGAUGCACUUUGCCUUCAGCAAGCGCAUAGAGAGGGGUCACCUGUACAUGAAGCAGGGCUGGCAGACAGCACUUAACAAAAACGAUGUCAAGUAUUGCACCGGUGGUUUCCAUGGCUCAGACAAUCUCUUCACCAACAUGCAGGCAAUCUUCAUUGGAUAUGGUCCUGGAUUUAAAACUAAAUACGUUGCACCAACAUUUGAAAACAUUGAAUUAUAUAACCUCAUGUGUGACCUUCUUGGUAUUCGUCCGUCCCCAAACAAUGGGACCCAUGGCAGCCUGAAUCAUCUCCUGAAGCAUCCCUUCUAUCAGCCCGUUCACCCAGCGCAGCUCUCCCAUGAAACCCCCUGUGAGAGCACCAACCUGGUACCCACAGACAACCUGCACUGCCUCUGUUCGUCUCAGAGCACUGAGAAGGAGACAGAAAUGAACAGAAUUCUUUUAUCAGCAAACGCAGAGACCAAAGCUAAGUUGCGCCGCCUUCAUCAUCCUUUCGGCACCCCUGGCGUUGUCCAGCCGGGCAACAGCUUUUGUCUGUUGUUCCAUGCCGACUACCUGAGUGGAUACAGCCGGGACCGCCUCAUGCCGCUCUGGGUGUCGUACACCCUCCAGCCUCUGUCCAGAGUGCGAACCCUGGACCCAGAUGGGUGUAUUCGAGCCGACUUUCGAGUCCCAUCUUCCUCCGGCCAGCUGUGUCUCCUCUACAGAGAUGAGGCCGCUCUGUCCUAUGGCCUGCUGCAUCCACCCUAUUUGAAUGCCACUGGUUCAGAGACUGACUCUUUUAUCAGCAGUAACAUGGCACCAAUGUUCCCUGCAUUUAAAAAGGUUUGGAGCCAUUUCCACACUUCUAUACUUUUGAAAUAUUCACAAGAGCUGAACGGAGUCAACAUCGUCAGUGGGCCGAUUUUUGAUGUAGACUUUGAUGGAAAUGUAGAUCCAGUCAGUAAAAGCACAGGGAACGAAACUUCAGUGCCAACGCAUUUCUUCUUGAUCAUGACCAGCUGUCGAAACUCAAGCUUGACUCCUGUUAACUGUGAGGGUCCACUUCAGGCCAUAGCCUUCAUCAUGCCCCACAAACCCGACUACUCAGAGUUCUGUGCUGCGGAGUCUGACUUGACGUGGGUGGAGGAGUGGCUGAGGUUUCACAUCGCACGAGUCCGAGACAUCGAGCUGCUAACGGGACUCAGCUUCUACCAUGGCAGGAUAUCGGUGGAAGAAACGAUACAGCUCAAAACAUUUCUACACACUGUUUAAACUCAGAGACUAUGGCUAAAACAACCAAAUACAGCCAGAUCGGUGGGCAUGCAGCUACCUUUUUUGGAUGCACCAUAAACAGUGGAUAAAAGGUUCUUCUUUCAAACCAAAAUAUUUCUAACUUGAAGAGCCAUUCACUUCAUUGGUCAUAUAAUAAUUUUUAUGACCAGUCUUCCUGUAAUUUAGGCACAAAUCUAUGCAGUGAAUCUUGAUUUAAAGAAUAAAAAUCUUUGAACUUCCUCAGACUUUUUGGGAAAAAUAAAUCGUUUUUUGUCUGGAACAGUUGUUGCCUGUGAAAUAUCAGGAAUACAUUACUGUACUGAAUAAAAUCAAAUAAAUUAUGCCAUACUUUAAGAGGUCUACCCAUCCAAGAUUUGUUUCUUUCUAAUUUUAAUAAAUUCUUUUUAUUUGUAUGAUUUUGUACCAGUACUACUUUUAGCAUUUCAUCAAUUUUUGAAAAGAUUUCUUCUGUUUUUAGUUUAUGUAUGUUGGUUAUCCAGGUAUGGAUUAUUUACCCUUGCACAGGCAGAAGAUGUAUAUACAGAAACAAAAUUGUUGUGCUUUUAUUUUAUCCCAAUGAGUGUGUGAAAGAAAAUGGAAGAGGGUUCAUUGUCGUUACACCUUUUAAAUUAAAAGCAAUUUCUAGCAGUCAAUUAGCUGUUGUAUUUUUUAGAAUUAAAUAACUAAAAAACUAUUUAUAAUUAGCUUUUAUUGCCCUCUCUUCCAUUUUCCACACAAAGAGAAAAAGUAAUUUAUGGCUUUAAGAUCAUUUUAUUUGUAUGUAUGUGUUUGCAAUCUCCAGUUUGAGCCACUAGAUGUCACUAAAUCCCCCAUCUGAAAUUCUACAAUAAAUACUUUAAUCGUAUUUUAUGUUCAAUAACUUGCUGAAUUAGAGUUAAAAAUGUGUUCAGCAAAUAUAUUUUAGAAAAUGAAUUCCUGGCAUGAAACACAUUAUAUUGAUUAAUUACACUGAAAAUAAUGUUCACAAGCCUGUAUUUCUGUUAAUUAUGAUGAUUUUCUGCAUACAGCUAAUGAAAAUAUGACAUUUAAGAUUAAAAUGUCACUUCAGACCAAUAAAAAAACAUUAUCUGUGAGAAAAAUAAAAUGUAAUGUUUGAUAUCUGCUUAAAUGCUACUUUAAUCUGGCAAACAAGCCUCGUCAGAAUGAAUUUGAGUGUAUAUAUCAGUGAUUUUGUUCUCUAUCUGUUCUUGAAUUUCUUUCCUUCAGGGCUUUAUGUGUUGCUAUUUGAGAGUUUUUUCAGUAAUGUGUGUGUACAUGUGUGUGUAGCUUUUCUCCUGUCUUCUCCAUGCAGACUGGAUCAAACCACCAUCACUCUACCUCCUGGUUCUCUUUCAUUUCUAUGUUAUUUCUGUUUGUUUUUUAAAAGUGAGGCAGUCUGUGCUCAGAUGGGUCCUUUAUCAAUCCAUGUAUGAGUGUUUGUGCAAAUGUGUGUACGUGUGGAUAUAAAUUUGGAAUCACCACACUGUAA